AUAUUUGUUCAGAAGCAGGUGAGCGUCAAAAGGGACAGAUAGAUGGGCAGAGCUUGGAGAGAAGACACCCAGAGGAAUUUUCCUAAGCUAGGACCUCCUGACUCCUAAGGGUCACUUUCUGACUUCGGCUGCCCGGGUGAGCUGCUUCGGGGUGGGGGGGCAGAAGGGUGCCCAACAAUGAUUUUCUCCUUUUUGCUGCCCCUGGUGCUGAUGAUCCUGUCCCCACCCUCUGCCCCAGGCUCCACCUGGAGCUGCCUCUCUGAGUGUGUUUGUGGGCAGGAUGGGCAAGUCAACUGCUCUGGGAGGGAACUGCACUCUGUGCCUAUGAUUCUGGACCCCAGUGUCCAAGUUCUUCUCUUGGACCACAACCAUAUGGACUUCUUGCCCCCAGGGGCCUUCGCUCUUCUGCCCAGGCUGCUCUCGCUGGAGCUUCAGGACAAUGGAUUACAGAGAAUCCACGUGCAUGCCUUCUGGGGCCUGGAGGUCCUGAAGUCCCUAGAUCUAAGUUCCAAUGCUCUCCAGGCCCUGGAACCUGGCACCUUCCGGCCGCUUCGUGCACUCCACACCCUGUCUCUGGCAGGGAACCGGCUGAUGCGGCUGGAGCCCACGUGGCUGGGUCCCCUGCCGCUGCUGCAGAAUCUAAACCUGCAGAAUAAUCUGCUCUCUAGUAUGGGCUCGAGGGUCCUGGAAAGGCUGCCUGCCUUGCGCAUACUGAACCUCCAUGGGAACCCUUGGGUGUGCGACUGCACCAUUUCCUCCCUCUGCCGCUGGCUGCAAAGCCAUGCACACCAGGUCCCAGGAGCAGAGUCCCUGCUGUGUGUGUCCCCAGACCGACUGACCCUCAGGCCAAUGGCUGCCAUCACAGAAGCCUCAUUCAAUUAUUGUACACACCUGCUGACCCCUUGGGACCUGGUGGUCAUCAUUAUGAUUGGACCAUUCUCAUUUCUGGCCAGUCUAGUUUGCUGCUUCAUCUUUGGUUCCGUGGUCACUGCCUUUCAGGCUCGACGUAAAAACCGAAGUGUUCGCUGCUAUCCGGUGAAGAGACCCAUCCCCCAGACCCUUGGCCUGGGUGACUCAUCAAAGAACCCAACCACUAACUUCCCCACACUACCCUCUCUAUGACUUCUGUCCUCAUUGCUGCAUGGAGCCGAGCCUUCUGGCUUGUUCUGUAACCUGGUACUUUGCAGGGAGGGACCCGAAGAUCACCCCUCAAUAUAGUUGUGCCCCUCAAUUCCCCAGGCAGAACAUUCUCCGUAGGUUGGCACCAAGAGAAUCCCCCCACCCCUAACCAACCCCCUGAUCAUGCUUCAGAUCUCUGGCGGGAGAUAACUGUCCCCUUGGGGCAGGCAUCAGAAAGCUGUCACGAAAACUGAGGCUCAUAAUGUUCAAUUUGGCAACACCAUGGUACAUGCAUGUACAUGGAAAUGGCAAAUGUCUGUACACAGGAAUGUUAUAAGCUUAUACAUAGGGAUGGCAUGUCUGUACAAAGGAAUAGUAGAUAGCUAUACACAGUAAUGGUACAGGAACCAUAAGUGGGAGCAGCAUAAGCCUGUACAAUAGGGACAGCACAAGCCUGUACAUGAGAAAGGCAUUACAAAAUAAUGGUGCAUGUACCGUGAGGAGGGACAGCAUCUGUGUAUGCCUGUACACAGAGACGGCUGGUGCACACCUUCUGUGGAGUGGCACACCCUGUAUGUAGGGCUAUCUCACAGCUGUACACAGGGAUAGCCCACAUGGGUGUGGAGUACUGGAAAGGAGGUGUGGCCUUGAGUCAGGGGAGAGAGGCAGGUGGUCAAUGCCAAGAGGCAGGAGUUACAAUCUUCCCUCUCCUGGGGGAUGGAGGCUCACCCCAGCUCUGCAGUCCUGAAGGAGGGAUUUGGGGGAUGCAAGAGGUGAGAGGGGGACUUAUUUCAGCUUCCAGAAUCCAACUCUCUUUCUCUCUAGGAACUGAAACCAAAAUGGGUGUGGGAGGUGGAAAGUGGCAGAGCAUGGCUGCCCAGUGCUGAGGAAGCCCAGAGGCUGGAGCAUUGAGGCAAGGGAGGCAAGGGGGGCAGUGGCAGGGCAGCAUUGGUGUAGAAGUAGCAGAGCCAGCCAGGGUGGAGCCAAGCCCGCGGGAGGAAGGGAGAACAGGCCAACUCAAGGGAGGGGGAUGGAGAGAGUGUACAGAGGAGGGAGGAAAAUUGAACAGCUGGGGCAAUGGUACAAGCAGUUUGGAGAGAAGGGAGUAGAGCCAGCUGUAGGAGAAUGGAACUGGGAUCAUGGAGAGCAAAAGAGAGAUGGUGUCCAGGGAUUUAGCAGGAACUGUGUUGGGUGGGGAGAGGGAGGAGGGGGCAAUCGAAGAAAAGGAGGGAACUAAGCUGGGUGGGAGAGCUAAGGAUAACUAGAGAAUUCCUUAGGGUUUUCUUUUGCUUCUAGGGGUCAAAGCAGCCUGUGGAGUGAGGAACACCUCUCCCCUCAAUUUCUCCCCCCACAGCCUCUCCAUGACAGGACCAAGGUGAUAUUUGUGCUGGGAUAGAGUGGGGGUGGGGCAGAAUCUGCCCAGGAGACCACACUGCCCGGUCAACCCUGGCUCCUGAAUAGUCAGACCACUCACAUAACCAAACACCAUACAGAGGGGAUGCUGGAUACCCAGAACCUGGGCAGGGUGAGGUCCACUCUGGGACUUGAGAUCAAUUUGCCUCUGUCAGGCUGAGGAUUCAGCUUGUCCCUCUCACUGCCAAUCCCAAUUUCAGGUCCUCUCACCCUUGACUUACUCACAAGGAAACUCCAAGUCUUGGCACUUGGCCAUACCUCCCCCUGUGCCUAUUUCCAGCAGGGAUCCUGCCCUCUGGGUGCCAAGAUAGGGGUGUGGGGAGGAAGGGAGUCGGGGGCAGCAGCUGCCCCACAGUGCUGGGGAGAAGGGGGGCAAUAUGCAGUCACUGGGGGCCGGGAGGACAGGGGACGGGGGCGUUCCCUCUGGCCUUCCCGAGCAGGACCCCUUAGUCCUCAGGCAUCAGUCCUGACCAGCGCUCCUAGUA